GUCACCCUCACCCACCGCUUCACCCGCUCCGCAUCCCGCUCCGAAAUCACCGCCGUCGGCAUCUCCCCCUCCUCCUCCUCCUCCUCCUCCUCCUCGUCCCGGGCCUCCGGCACUCCCCCCCCCUCGCUCGCCUACGCCAUCUUCCCCGGCGCGCAGCCCGACCAGUCCUGGAUCGACACCUUUGACCUCGUCUCCCAGCGGGGCUACACCAAGAUUGUCGGCCCCGUUGCGAGCUUCUCUCCCACCUUGCAUUCUCCGCCUCUCCGCGUCGGCAAAUCCUCCCCCUUUUCAUCAUCCUCGUCCUCAUCAUCAUCAUCAGCAUCAGCAGAGGCGUUCCCCCGAAUCGCCACGCUCUCGUCCACCCACAGCCUCACAAUCCGAGACUUUUCCUCCGCAAAGGCCAUCCUCGAACUCAGCCACGUCUCCGCCCCCAUCGCCUGGUCCCCCGACGGCCGGACCAUCGCCGCCGCCGAGCAGCAGCAGCCUUCCUCCCGCUCCUCCUCCCACUAUCAUCAGCAUCAUCAAAAUCACUUCCGCGUAGGCACAUGGGACGUCCGCACCGGCUGCCGCACCGGCCGCGUCCCGGGCCACAUUGACGCCGUGACGCACAUGGCCUUCACGCCCGACGGGACGGCCCUCGUGACGCUCUCCCGGGACGGAACCGUGCGCGUGACGGACCCCGUGGCCAGCAGGACGCUGUACAAGCUCGAGAUUGGCGACAACAACGGCAGCAGCGGUCCGCGGAUCCCGCGCGCGCUGGGCGUUUCGCCCGACGGCGCGACGGUGGUUUCCGUGUGGGGGACGGCGGUGCACGUCUGGAUGCCGAGGCACGGGCAGUUGACGUCGUAUGCGCUGGGCGCCACGAGGCACUGCGAGGGGUGGCCGCUGUGUGUUUCGCCGGAUUGUAGGUAUAUUGCGAGCUGGACCGAGGAUGGGUUCGAUGUCAUGGAUGCGGCGUCGGGGAGCGUCGUGUGUGCGAGCGUGGGAGGGCCGUUGGUUACGGCGGCGGAGUUUUCGGGGGAUGGGAGGGUUUUGGUCGUUGGGCGGAUUAGUGGUGAUGUCGAGGUUUGGGAUGUUGUUGAUGAGAGGAUGUGA